AUGGAGUCGAUGGAAACCCGAGCCAACUACGUCCUGGUCGGCGGUUUUGUUCUUGCGCUGUUUCUUGGCACCUUCGCUUUCAUCAUCUGGCUCGCGAAGUUCCAGGUGGAUACGACCUUCCAGCGCUACGACCUCCUGGUUCUGGACAUUCGGCUGGAGCCUGACGAUCCGGGAACCGUGCGCGUCAUGGUCGAACUGGAAGCCGAUGUGCCGGUGAAGGCCGAUACGACGGCCAGCCUGGAGCUCGAGGGCUUGACCGGUGGGCGCUACGUGCUGCUGCAGGGUGGCACGGCCGGGGCGCCCAACCUGCGCGAUCUCGCCGCGGGCGAGGUUCCGACGAUAGAGACGGAGGCCUCCUCGCUCGAGCAGGUUCUACAAGGCGUGCCCGAUGCGGUCGCCGCCCUACAGGGCACGAUGGCUCGGGUCAAUCUGCUGCUGAGCGAUACCAACCUCCGGAGUAUCGAGAAUACGCUGACCAGUGUGGAGACCCUGACCACGGCGGUUGCCGACCGCCGCGAGGAGGUGGCGCAGCUGAUCGACGAUGCCUCCGGUACGCUUGCAAACCUGAACGAAGCCAGCGCUGUCGCCGCCGAUCUGGCCCGGGAUGCCCGCGACCAGUUCGGCACGCUGACGACACAGACCAACACCACGCUGGUGUCCGUCCAACGGUUGGCGGAACGGUUGGAAGGCGAGGUGGAUACCUCGUCCGACAGCCUGAACCAGAUGAUCGGCGAACUGCGGGGUGCGGCUCGCUCGCUCGACGCCAUGUCGGCGGAGGUGCAGGGGCUUGUGCAGGAGAAUCGCGAACCUAUCCGUGACUUCACCUCGACCGGGCUCUACGAGCUGGCCAAUCUCUUGACCGAGGCCCGCAGCCUCGUCACCAACCUCAAUCGGGUCUCGCUGGAGCGCCCGCCGCCCCAGUUCUUUCGCCUCACGCCGAAGAGCACCUUCGAGCCAGACCUGGAGAGGGUCGACUGGCAGCUGAUUCUGGAACCGCCGAUUGCCAAUGCGGCGCUGGACACCGUGCGGAUCGCGCUGAUGCGCGAACCCAUGGAGGUCGAGUAUUACGCGCGCGCCAACUGGACCGAUCAGGCGCCGCAGAUGGUUCAGACCCUGAUGAUCGAGUCCUUCGAGAACUCCCGUCGCAUCGUCUCGGUGGGCCGUGAGUCCCUCGGUCUGCGCGCCGACUUCGUGAUCAAGAGCGAACUGCGCGAGUUUCAGGCCGAGUACUUCGACGGUCCGAUCCCCUAUGCCCAUGUCGGUCUGAACGUGAAGCUCGUACGCAUGCCGCGGCGCGAAAUCGUGGCGAGCGAAAGCUUCGACGUCCGCUUCCCGGCCGAGAGCGACACGCUACCCUCGGUCGUCCGGGCCUUCGACGAAGCCUUGGGAAGUUCACUCCGCGCCCUGGUGCACUGGACCUUGCGUACGGGCCAAACGCUUUAUCUGGAGACCGCUACCAGCUGA